UCCUUAGGUUUUCUAAGAUUCCCGCACCUCUAUUCCAAAAACACCCAGCCGCAACUCUCUUCUUCCUUCGAACGCAGCUCUCCUCUCCAGGUUAUAUGGCUCGAUUGCCAAUUCAAAAGAAGAUGCACUUGGCCACUGUUUUAACUUUGCAAAUGAUGGAAACGGAAAACUUGCUUCUCAUGAUGAUUUUCAUUGCAAUUUGUUUACUUAUUAAGAGAAGUAAUAACAGGAGAGGAAUUACCUAUGCUCACAUGUUCAAUAGGAGACAUAACUUAAGGACAUUGAAUUUGUGGGAGAUGGCUUUUGACAGCGAUACUUCAUGCGUUAAUAAUUGUAGAAUGGAUAGGCGCGACUUAAAGAAACUAUGUUAUUUGCUUAGAAGCGUGGGUAGAUUGAGGGAAAGCAGGAACAUGAGCAUUCAAGAAAUGGUGAUAUCAUUUCUUCAUAUUAUUGGACACAAUAUAAAGAAUAGGGUUUUGAAACGUCAAGUGGCAAGGUCAGGUGAAACAGUCAGUAGACAUUUUCAGUCUGUUUUUCUAUAAUUUUAAUUAUUUUAAUUAUAGAUUGUAAUAAGUUUAAUGUGUUAAGAGACAAAUAUUUAAAGGGCACUUAAGUAAUUCAUCAAACAUAGAAUAUAAGAUACCAA